AUGGACUUCCGCCUCCUAGCCCGCAGCCUCCGCGCCAGGCCAACACCAUGGCUCCAACAGCAGACCCAGCUUCACCGCGUCGCCUCCCUCGCGAACGGAGUGCGCUACAAUUCCUCCGCCUCAUCACCAACCCCACCCUUCAAACCCACAUCUCCCACCGACCAGCCAAGCACGGCCCCCGAGGCGGCGAAGCAAGCCCAAAAGCCGACCUCCGAGCCAAGCACAGCCGCCCCCAGGGCCGCACAGCCAGCCCGCAAACCGGUCUCCGACUUCGACGACAUCCUCAGCAGACUCGACCUCAGUAAGCCCCGAGAAGCAAGCAGCGCCCAGCGUCGGAUCUUCUCAGACUCGCUUUCCAGGGCUGUCGGCGAAGGCGCACAGAGCAGCUACCGGGCGCGCUCGAGAGUGCCUCUCCCUUCACGCAAGGUCGAGCUGAAGCUCGGGCCGACGCUUGGUCGACAGAUUCAGGUUGAGCCGGAGCGUGGUACUGAUCUCGGUGCUGCGCUGCGCAGGCUUCAGGCUACUAUCUCGCAGAAUAGCGUUCGGCAUGAUGCUCACGAACAGAAGUUCCAUGUGAGAAAGGGUAUGGUGCGCAAGCAGAAGAAGAUGUUGCGGUGGAAGAAGCUGUUCAAGUUUUCGUUCCAGGGCACUGUGAAGAAGAUUCAGCGUAUGCAGGCACAGGGUUGGUAG